AUAUUGAUGAAUGUUCAGUGAAUGGGCUGCUGUGUGAUAACGGCCUCUGUCGAAACACCCCUGGAAGUUACGGCUGCACUUGUCCAAAGGGUUAUGUGUUCAGCACUGAGACAGACACAUGUGAAGAUGUAAAUGAAUGUGAAAACAGCCCCUGUGUCAAUGGUGCCUGCAGGAACAAUCUUGGAUCUUUCAAUUGCGAAUGUUCACCUGGCAGCAAGUUGGACUCUACAGGACUGAUAUGUAUUGAUAGCCUGAAGGGGACUUGCUGGCUUAACAUCCAAGACAGUCGCUGUGAAGUCAACAUCAAUGGUGCUACACUGAAAUCUGAAUGCUGUGCUACCUUAGGAGCAGCUUGGGGCAGCCCAUGUGAGCGAUGUGAAUUAGACGUGGCUUGCUCAAGAGGAUUUGCCAGAGUGAAGGGUGUUACCUGUGAAGAUGUAAAUGAGUGUGAUGUUUUCCCGGGAGUUUGUCCCAACGGGCAGUGCAUUAACAGCAGAGGCUCAUUUCACUGUGAGUGCCCUGAAGGACUGACACUGGACGGAACAGGGCGAGUUUGUUUAGAUAUCCGAAUGGAGCAAUGCUACCUGAAAUGGGAUGAAGAUGAGUGCAUUCAGUCUGUGCCUGGCAAGUUUCGUAUGGAUGCCUGCUGCUGUGCUGUAGGGGCUGCCUGGGGCUCCGACUGCGAGGAGUGUCCUAAACCUGGCACCAAGGAAUAUGAGGCUCUGUGCCCCAGAGGUCCGGGCUUUUCCAACAGGGGAGAUAUUCUAACUGGCAGGCCAUUUUAUAAAGAUAUCAAUGAAUGUAAAGUGUUCCCUGGUAUGUGCCUGAAUGGUAAAUGCAGAAACACAAUUGGAAGUUUCAAAUGUAGGUGUAACAGCGGGUUUACUUUAGAUAUGGAGGAAAGAAACUGUACAGACAUUGAUGAGUGCCAGAUCUCCCCAGACUUAUGUGGAAGUGGUACUUGUGUCAACACUCCUGGAAGCUUUGAGUGUGAGUGCUUUGAUGGUUAUGAAAGUGGAUUUAUGAUGAUGAAGAACUGUAUGGAUAUUGAUGAAUGUGAACGCAACCCUCUGCUGUGUAGAGGUGGCACAUGUGUGAACACCGAAGGAAGUUUUAGGUGUGACUGUCCUUUGGGACAUGAGCUGUCACCAUCACGUGAGGAAUGCAUAGAUGUAAAUGAGUGCUUGUUAAGUGACAAUCUCUGCAGAAAUGGCAAGUGUGUGAACAUGGUCGGAACAUACCAAUGUUCCUGUAACUCUGGGUACCAGGCCACUCCUGACAGACAAGGUUGCAUAGAUAUUGAUGAAUGUAUGAUAAUGAAUGGAGGCUGUGACACCCACUGCACUAACUCAGAAGGCAGCUAUGAAUGUAGCUGCAGUGACGGCUAUGCUCUAAUGCCAGAUGUCAGGACAUGUGCAGAUAUUGAUGAAUGUGAAAACAAUCCAGAUAUCUGUGAUGGUGGGCAAUGUACUAAUAUUCCAGGAGAAUAUCGCUGUCUGUGUUAUGAUGGAUUUAUGGCUUCUAUGGACAUGAAAACUUGUAUUGAUGUGAAUGAAUGUGAUUUAAAUUCCAACAUCUGUAUGUUUGGGGAGUGUGAAAACACUAAAGGGUCCUUCAUUUGUCACUGUCAGCUAGGAUAUUCAGUCAAGAAAGGAACCACUGGAUGCACAGAUGUGGAUGAGUGUGAAAUUGGUGCUCACAACUGUGACAUGCAUGCCUCAUGUGUCAAUGUACCAGGAAGUUUUAAAUGUAGUUGCAGAGAAGGAUGGGUUGGAAAUGGCAUUAAAUGUAUUGAUCUUGAUGAGUGCUCCAAUGGGACCCACCAGUGCAGUGUGAAUGCUCAGUGUGUGAACAUCCCUGGGUCAUACCGCUGUGCCUGUGCAGAAGGAUUCACUGGGGAUGGGUUUACUUGUUCUGAUGUUGAUGAGUGUGCAGAAAAUAUUAAUCUAUGUGAAAAUGGACAGUGUUUGAACAUCCCUGGUGCCUACCGUUGUGAAUGUGAGAUGGGAUUCACUCCUGCCUCGAACAGCAAGUUGUGCCAAG